ACUCAGUUACUUGGAAACCAAGUACACUCAACUUCCAAGAAAAAUCCCAAAAGACCAAAACUCAGUGCUGUACGAAAGCUCUUCCUUAAUUUAUAUAUAAAAAAAUGCAGAGAAAAAAGAACACUUAACAAAACAAGAAAAUGGAGAACAACGGCGAGCUAACCGCGCCGCUUCCGGCACCGAGAGUUGCGGUGGUUAUAUUCAUCUUGAAAAACAGAUCAAUCCUACUCGGCCGCCGUCGUUCUACCGUCGGAGACGCCACCUUCGCUCUUCCCGGCGGCCACCUCGAAUUCGGGGAAAGUUUCGAGGAAUGCGCGGCGAGAGAAGUGAAAGAGGAAACAGGGUUAGAAUUAGGUCAAAAUAAAAUAGAGUAUUUGACGGUUACGAACAACGUGUUUUUGGAUCAGCCAAAGAAAUGCCAUUACGUUACUGUUUUCAUGAGAGUAGUGUUGGAUGCAGAAGAGAAGCAAGUGGUUCAGAAUAUGGAACCUGAUAAGUGUUAUGGUUGGGAUUGGUAUGAAUGGGAGAAUUUGCCAAAUCCAUUGUUUUGGCCGUUGGAGAAGAUGCUUAAAGGAGGGUUUGAUCCUUUUCCUCUUUGAUUUUAUGUGUGUUAGGUAUCUAUGUAGCACAAAAAUGACUUAGAAGUAGACACAAAAUAGAAGUGAUUAAGUGUGACAAUAUGCUCUAGUGUUUAGUACCAUAUGUGUCGAAUAUCAGAUAUACCUUUAAUUUGAAAUGUUAAUGCUUAUGUGAUUUUGAGAGAUGAAGCCAUUUUGUAGGAUAUACUGAGUCUUGAUGGACUAGUUUGUGACUUUGCUUUGAUGUGUUUGUAAGACCAUCGGUCGGUUAUAUUUUUGUUGUUGUUGUAGCUUGUCAUUUUGAUGAAAUGAGAAUCAAUCAGAGCUUUCUUUCAA